AUGGCCCUGUUGCAACCUAUCGAACCAGUAAAGCUCGACGAAUCUGAUCCUCAAUUGUGUAGAAUCUUGUACAGCGAUGAAUACAAGCAUACUAUUGGAACGGUAUUGGCCCUUUUGCGUGAUAAAGAGUAUUCUCCAAGAGCUCUAGAAUGGACUCUGAAAGCCAUUGACUUGCUUGCUUCACACUAUACAUUGUGGAGUUACCGGUUCGACAUUGUGUGUGCCAUUGAUUACGAUCUUUGGGAAGAGCUUGAGUGGUGUGAACAAAUCGCUCUCGAAAACGAAAAAAAUUACCAGAUUUGGAAUUAUCGCCAGCUUAUAAUUGAAAAAAUUUGCAAGAAAGAGACGUUUGAUCCUCAUCAUGAGCUUCCCAUCUUGGCUGCGAUGCUUCAGGAAGACCCUAAAAACCAUCAUGUUUGGUCGUAUCGAAAAUGGUUGGUAGAACAUUUUGAUAUGCAUAACGAUGUACGGGAACUUGACUUUGUUGAUCUGUGUUUAAGUUCCGACGUGCUUAAUAAUUCUGCUUGGACUCAUCGGUUCUUUUUGAAGUUUGCAGCAGGAGCAAAUAAUAUGGUUGCAAAUUCCGAAAUCGAGUAUGUGUGUCGUAAAAUCAAGGAGUUGCCGCAGAACCCUGCUGCAUGGAACUAUCUCUUGGGAAUUUAUGCCCGCGUCGGGCGCGACUUGAGCGACUUGGAGUCUUUUUGCAACCAAUUUUACCCUGAAGAAGAACUCGUUCGCAGCACUUAUGCAAUGGAAGUUCUUGCUCGCAUUUGGAAAGUUUCGGACCCUGGUCGGUCGCAUAACAUGUACAUGCGUCUUGCAGAAACCUAUGAUCCAAUUCGUGCCAAUUAUUGGCGAUUCUGCGCCCAACAGUAG